UGGUGCAGCGGCCGGAGGAGGCGGGACUUGAGGCUGGUACAGUAGCGGUAUUGGCCAACCGCCAGCGUGCAUCCCAGUCCAGGCCACAGACUGCCGUUGCAAAAAUGUCCAUAUUGUGUCUGCAUUCACCAUUCCAGCUUUCAGUAACUCCAUAGCUGCACUUUGAAAAAGAGGAACAACAUUUGAAUAGUUUCUGCUGUUGAGGGAGAAGCAACCUCAGGAAUGAAGAAGCUGGCAGACUGAGUGUAAUGGCAGGAGGACAGAUGGGGACGCGUUAGACUGGCCGUGCUUCGGAGGUUUCACUUUGUGGAAAUAAUGUCGAACAUCAACAGAGAGCUGGUGGAGUUCUUCAUAAGCUACAAGCUGUCGCAGAGGAACUACCCAACCUCUCUGCUGAGGCCAGAGGAGGACGCUAGCGGGAGGACGGAGGGAGACGGAGCCAACCCGGCAUCCGGUAACGGCUCGCUGGUCAACAGCGGGGAUGACGGCGGCCAGCCGGGGACGCCGUCGCCAUCCGGUGACAUGGAGGCUGUAAAGGUGGCUCUGCGGGACUCGGCGAAUGAGUUCGAGAUGCUCUUCACGCAAGCGUUCAGUGACCUUUCCUCGCAGCUCAACAUCACCCCCGUCACGGCCUACCACAGCUUUAAGAGCGUGAUGGACGAGGUGUUCAAGGACGGGGUCAACUGGGGUCGCGUGGUGGGCCUGUUCGCCUUCGGCAGCGUCCUGUGUGUGGACUGCGUCGAGAAGGACAUGAGCGAGCUGGUUUCCCGCAUCGCAGACUGGAUGACCAUGUACCUGGACGAGCACAUCAGCGCGUGGAUCCAGGGCCAGGGAGGAUGGGACUGCUUUGCCGAGAUUUUUGGGCGGGUCGGCGCUGCAGAGGCGAGGAUGUCUCCGGAGACCCUGAGGAGAUGGCUGCUCGUCGGAGUGGUGCUGCUAAUAGGAGUGCUCGGCGGGAUGGCCAUCAGCAAGAAGCGGUGAAGUCGCUGUCAUCUCGCCCAAACACACACACACACACACACACACACACACACACACACCCCGUGUGAUGCCACGCCAAGAAAAGUCAAACUAAAUAGUUGAUGUUUACAUAAACAGCCCAGUCUGCUUGUGCACUGACAGAAUGUGGGUUGGCUAAAGUUUGUGGGUGUGCAGCCAUAAAUAUGUCGCUUGGUGAGUUGUUACACUUCACACCCUGCUUUGUCCUCUUCUUUUUUCUUUGUGUGUGUGUGUGUGCGUGCAUGUGUGUGUGUGUGUGUGUGACAGCUGAUUUUUUAGUUAAAGCGUGUUGUUCUUCUGACGGGAAGCGCUUUAAAUGAACCGGAUAAGCUAAGAGUCAGUGGAGCAGUUAUCCAAGGACCAAUUUUUGAUUACUUACAAACCGACAGACAGAAUAUAAGUUAUGCUUCAUCUUCACUGUGUAUUGCUCAGCUCCUUUGGUUGACUGUACUGGAGUGUUGGCCAUGCUUAAAGAAAUAAAUCUAUUUAUGUUUU